GAACAACUAAUGACGUAGCUGGUAUUUCCGGCCUGAAGGAGGGUAUUACAAUUAGGUUGUUGCGUCGGGAAUGGGUCGCAAGAAAAGGAAGCAGCUGAAGCCUUGGUGUUGGUAUUGCAAUCGCGAGUUUGACGAUGAGAAGAUUUUGAUUCAACACCAAAAAGCAAAGCAUUUCAAAUGUCCUUAUUGUCACAGGAAGUUGUUUACAGGUCCCGGUUUGUCGAUUCAUUGUAACCAGGUACACAAAGAAAAGCUGGAUAAGAUUCCAAAUGCCCUACCAAACAGAACCAGCACUGUAAUUGAUAUAUACGGCAUGUCUGGUAUUCCGGAAGUAGACUUAAUUGAACACGAAAGACAGAAAUUCGGGUUAGAAGGUGAAGACGAACCACCCGAAAAAAUGUCCAAAGAAGAUGAGAGUGUCCCAUUUUAUCCACCACCACCUAUACAUCCGGCAUUACCGUUCAUGCAGUCCUUGUGUCCUCCGAUGGCGCCUUUCGGUCAUAUUGGACUUCACGGUCUCCCUCCUCAUAUGAAUUCACUGACAUACGUACCACCACCACCGCCUCCUCCUCCUCCUGCAGCUCCUGCUCCGCCCCAGCCAGCCACUCCGAGUGAUGAAAAGUCGCCCACGACCACUCCGAAGGCCACUUUCCCUGCCUACUCAUCUCCAUCAUCCAGCAUGAAUUCCAAUGUGUCUAAAGUGCCCAAACCGACCUCCGGUGUCAACGGGGUAGUCAUCGAGUUAAUUCAUCCUGAAGAUGACUUAUCUUUGGAGGAAUUAAGAGCUGAUCUGCCGCGUUAUAAAAGUAUUGUUGAACAUGCAGCCAAAAAGAUUAUCCCCCCUCCAAUUCCAAUAACUCUAGGAUUAACAACCCCAAGUUUUAUACCUCCACAGCCUACACAGAUUGUGUACCCCGCGAUUGCACCUCCAGCCUCUUUACAGAUGCCAUUCGCCUAUACCCCGGGAUUUAUCCCGCCUGCUUUCGGUUUGCCUACAAUCCAACCACAAAUAACGCCUGCUUCAAGUCAACUAACACCUUGGGCUGGAAUUCCACAGUUGCGGUUCUAACCCAAGUCAGUCGUUCGUACGUUUAUCCAAAGCUUGUGAUCUGAACUUUAACUGGUCAUGUGUUGUACAUUAAACUUUCACUAUAUUGAUACUCGUAAACAAACUUACUUUGCGUUUCUUGUUUUCUUUUAAAGUGUGCUGGAAACAAUGUAAGUCAAGCUAAUGAAAUAUAUCUGGUAGGUCUUUGUAUUUAAACAGCCCAGUAUAAUGGGAACGCGGAUGUACAUCUGUUUCUCAGUGAAAAAUUCUGUUUUGGAUAGAAAGAUACUUAAAGGUCAUCACAGUUAUCGUACAUCGCAUAUACGAGUACUUCACGUAGCUCAGAUGGAUUGUAAAACUUCCAGUGCAUUCAUAACUUGAUGUUCAAAGGUAGGUUUUUGUCAUAGGGAAUAGGGGUAAGUAGUAUUGUUUUAUUUCAUUGUGAUGUGGAUCCAGACGGGAUAGUUGACAUGACUUGAUAUUCCAACUGAAAAGAGUGUUCGCAGGUUAGCAUGUUAUCGCUUUCGUAUAAAAUCAAAUGUUUUGGAUCGUUUGUUCCGAGCUCCCAACAUACGUUUUGUUGUAGGUAGAAACCCACUUCAGAAUCACGAGUUUAUGCUGACAGUUCUGUAGUAAAGUUACGAAAGUUUUUCCAAAAUAUGCUGAAAUCUAACACUUGUAACCAAUAAGCAGUAAAGAUUUCGCAGCCGGUUUGUAAGUUUGGUCUCUAAAACAGGUGAGUCUGUACUACAGUGUAGAGUUAACCAAGUUGAUACAUCACUAGGCACGAAAAAUUUCUCGUUCGAAACAACUAAAGUGCAAGAAACAUUGUGCAUUGCAGGAUUCAUCAAUUGAGAUUCUCCUUUCUGUUAUUGGUCGCACGGUUUCCCUCAUCCUUGAUAAACCAGCAUAUGACUGCAGCCCACUGCACUGGCUAUUUAUCCAGUCAUUUGUUGCCAGUGUUAAGCUGCCUACAUUACCGUUUUAGGUGGGUUUUUCUUAGACAUUGGGUAAGUACACCAAUACAAUCCAUAUAAGCAUUGCUGAUCGGUUUUC